AUGGAAAUUCAUAGUAGCGCGAAGAAAAGUUAUGAGAUCGAUCAAGCAUUUAAAAAUGAUGAUCAAACGAGUUUCAAAAAGAAUAUUCAUGAACUGUGGGAGCGAAUAAAAAAUAUAGAAGAAAAAAUACAAUCGCUCAAUAUUUGGCAGCAAGCAGAAUCCAAAAACAAACAGUUGUUCGAACCUCAAAAGAACCAACAAAAUCAAACAAUUCUUCCUAAUGGUGAAUUACCCGACAAUAAUCAAUCAGCAUCAUCAACUAAACUUAAAAAAGAAAGAAAUACAAAUAACCAAGAUUCAUCCUUACCAAACAAACAAAUACAAACUUCUAAUGUACCUAAAACAUCAUUACCAAAGUCAAUAAUACAACGAACAAAUAAUACUAUUAACAUUCUUCUUCUUGGUGAAACUGGUGUAGGCAAGUCGACCUUUAUUAAUGCAUUUGUAAAUUAUCUUACACAUAAGACACUUAAAGUAGCUGAACAAGGCAAACCUGUUGUAAUCAUACCUGUUUCAUUUGUUAUAACAACUGGUAAUAAUUUUCAAGAACAUACAGUAAAAUUUGGUGAUUUAGAUAGUUUCAACAAUGAAGACUUUGAUCAUCCUGGUCAAUCAGUAACACAAAAUUGUAGAUCAUAUGUAUUUCAUUUUAAUCAUAUUAAUACAACGAAAAUACGUAUUAUCGAUACGCCUGGUUUUGGUGAUACACGUGGUGUUCAUCAAGAUGAUAUCAAUAUGCAAUAUACUUUAGAAUAUAUCAAUAAUUUAACACAUUUGGACGCCAUAUGUUUCCUUCUUAAGCCAAAUACAUCAAGAAUUAACGUAUUUUUCGCAACAUAUCUUAAUCAACUGUUCGACUUUCUUGGUUCAAAUGCAUGUCAAAAUGUUAUCUUUUGUUUUACUAAUGCACGAUCAACAUUUUAUACUCCAGGAGAUACAGCCCCUCUACUUAAAUCUAUUCUUAAAUCAAUAAAAAUUGGUGAAAUUCCAUUCAAAAAAGAGAAUACAUUCUGUUUCGAUAAUGAAUCAUUUCGGUACUUAGUUGCUCUACAAAAUAAUAUUAAAUUCGAUACAAUUGAACAUUCAGAAUAUAACAAUAGUUGGUCAAAAUCAGUUGAAGAAUCAAACCGACUUCUUGAUUACAUAUGCGCUAAAGUGAGUACUUAUGAUAUGCAAGGUGGACGACAGUCGAUUAAACAAGCUCAAUUUGAAAUUAGUUAUAUAAUUCGUCCAAUGCUAGAAGCAAUGCGGAAUAUUCUUCGAAAUUCUAUUAUAUAUAAGAAUGAUGCGUCGAGUGGAUCGAUUACACUAGAACCACAUAUUCUUGAUCGUCCAGGUGCUAUUUGUUACAGAUGCAAACCGAAUAUAAUUCAAAUAGGCAAAUUUUUGAUUACAAGAAAUCCGGCUCAUGAAAUGCGAAAGAAAUGUUUAUCUUGUCCAUGUACUACCGAUCAGCAUACUAGAGUCGAUUAUGAACUCGAUUAUACACAUUCGAAAAACCGUUCGAACUAUGAUAAAGAUGAAACAGAGAAAAGCAUUAAUUUACUGCUUGAAGCAAGUGUUAAAUUUGCUUAUUUUCUUAAGCAUAUAUCUUGUUCAUCAAAAGAUGAUCCAUUUUGGAUUGGUAUAAAACAAAUGAUUAAUGAAGAAAAUAAUCUCUGUGGAAGUCAAAAAUCACAUGACAUGAAUAAAAUAUUGGCUGAAAUGCUUACAGAACUCAUGCAUACUUUUAAAAAACGUUUCGAUCACCUCGAGUCAAAUAAAGACUUUGAUAAGCUGUACAAAAUUUAUGAAUUGAUUAAGAAAAUUCAUCAAAAUCCUAUGGUUCAAGUACAAAUCAACGCUACAAAACUAACUCGAGAGAUUAUAAUGAAACAAUAUGAAUAUGAGUUUCCAAAUGAUUCAAAAAACACAAGACUUUCUUGA